AUGAAGUACAACAUAAACCGCUCUCUGUUUGUUGUAUUGCUCCUUUUACUGCUGGGCUGCAUCAGUGGGUAUGCGAAACCCGCAGUUCCGCAAACAAAGUCCGCCAGUGUUUUUACCAUAACACAGAAAACGACACUUCCAACAGCAAGAUACCAAUGGCAAUCAAAGUUGUUGCAGUAUUCGUCACAAGAACCCCCACUCCGUAAAUUUUACACGCCCUAUCUUAUGCAAGUGAAUGGGGAAUUGGUGGUAAUGGCCAGUGCUACUAUACACCCCGCUUCAAAUAAUCAGUAUGAGACUAUUAACUUUCAGAGACGAAAGAGCAGUGAUAAUGGAACCAAAUGGAUUCCAGAGUAUGAAAGAAUUGAACCUCUUCCAUUCAACCGAUACAGUAAAGAUUAUAUUCCUUCACCGAAUGAGAAAGACUAUUAUCCUGCGUUUGUUCUAGUGGAAAGUAAUAAUACUCCAACUGUGGAUGGUACUCCAUAUUAUUUCUCUCAGAACGCAGAGAAAAAGUAUUCCACUCUACGCAUUAUGGAGGUGAAACCUGAAAAAAGCAGUAGUAAAGGGUAUUCUAUGGGUUAUGCGUCUGUACUUGCCCAAUUUCCUUUUCGACAUGGAUACGAUGAGUUUAUAAAAUUUGUUGGUAACACAAGUUCACCAAUUUUAACAAUGAAAAGCAAUACUCUUGUGUUCCCAGUUCAACUACUUUCAAGAUACAACCGAAGUGCCGCAGGAGUUAUGUAUUUUAAACCCGAUGAAAAAGUUUGGAAGCUUGGAGGAGUCGUAUCUGAUGAAGGGAAUACCUAUAAUCCUGCUGUUAUCGAGUGGGAAAAUGAAAAGUUAAUAAUGAUUGCUCAGCAUGACAGCGGUUAUUACAGAGUGUAUGAGUCCACCAAUUUGGGAAAGAAUUGGAAAGAGUCUACCAGUACACUCUCUCGUGUGUGGGCCAACUCCCCUAUACCACCUGGUCGUGGAACUCAAAACAUUUUUAUUACUGCAACGAUUGAUGGGAAGCGUGUCAUUUUCUUUACGCAGUCUGUGGAAACUGAAGCGGGCAACGAACUUCAUCUGUGGCUCACUGAUAACACACACAUUUAUCACGUUGGUUUGAUAUCUAAAGGUCAGAAAGUGACAACCAGCACUUUAUUGUUCAAGGAUGACAAACUGUAUUGUCUGUAUGAGGCUGGUACUCCGGAGGAGUACAAGGUUCUUUUUGUGGAUCUGACGGCCGUUAUGGGGAAGAUAAAGAUUGUUUUAUCUACCUGGACCAACCAGGACACCCUCGUGUCGAAAUGUCACUGCUAUAAUGAAACUUGUGCUUCUUCUGAGUGUCGUAUUCCAACAACUGGAUUGGUGGGCUAUUUGUCUGGAAACAUCGAUGGUGAUAAAUGGAAUGAUGAAUACCUCUGCGUGGAUGCAACUGUAAAGGGGGCAAAAUCAAAUUAUGAAUUCAAUGGUUUAAUCUUCAAAGGUGCCGAUGCUGGAGCAAUAUGGCCUGUGAGUGCAAAUAGACUGGCGAAGCAGUAUCACUUUACAAACUACGCCUUUACUCUUGCGGCGACGGUGACUAUCCAUGAGGUACCAAAGAAGGACAGCAGUCCUUUGUUGGGUGUAAAACUGAAGGACAGAAAUGGGCAAGAAAUUCUUUUGGGAGUGUCGUACACGAAUGAGAGUAAGUGGAGCACAGUAAAGAACGGCAAUGAAGGGAAGGCUGAAAUACUUAAAUGGGAAGUGGAGAAAAAUUAUUCUGUGAUAUUGACAUUUGAGAAUGGUAAGGGCUCUGUGUAUAUCAACGGUACUCGUCUAGACGUGGGAACUGACUUAAAAAUCACAGAGAAAAAAGAAAUAACCCAUUUUUACUUUGGUGAGUACAGUGAGGGAGGAAAAGGCAAUGUCAUUGUUAAUAUGUCAGUGAAAGAUGUUAUGCUGUACAAUCGCGUGUUGAGUAAUGAAGAGAUUGAUACGCUGCUCAGGAGCAGGAUGAAUAUUUCUUUUGAAGAUAGAGAUGGAGAAAAGAUACUCCAGGAUAUACUGAACAGACCAGGCGUUGUUAAAUCCUCACCACUGGAAGCAACAGAAACACCACAAAACAGUACAACUUCGACCCCAGCGAAAACCACUAAUGCUUCCGCUCCCGUUAUACCUGAAUCUCAACCUUCCCCUGAGCCUGCGAGUCGGAUUGUUCCCGAAGUGAAAGAAUCACCAGAAAAACCACAGCAAAAAGAAAAAAUUCCCGAAAAUAAAGCAACGUCUACAAAAACUACCGCGCCGGCUCACAUCUCAAACAGGAUACAAGAACAUUUGCAGAAUACAACUCAAUCAAAUACCAUCAGGGAUGUUAAGGCGCGCCAAAAUAAAACCAUUGAUGGUACUGUUCGUAUCUAUGAAUCUGUGUUACCAAUACUUCUGCUGGGAUUGUGGGCUCUUGCAACAUCUCUCCUAUAA